GUGUUGCGUAAAAGUCUGUGCGAGGUGAACGAGCCCCAGUAGAUCGGUAACGUUCCGGUGUUGAAUAAUAAAAUUCGCAUGAUAAUUGUUGUUGAAACUGUUAAAAUGGAGAUUAAUUUGUACGCCCAACGUGCAAAUUCAGUGAUGAACGCAAGAACUAAGUGUACGACAAGUGACAAUGAAUUGUGAUCCUUAUUAUCUACUACUUAGUGAUUAAAAUAGUGAUUAGGGCAUUAAUUUAUAACCAAUUAACACCAAAAAGAUCUCAAAGAGUCAAAACCUCGGGAUAACAGAGCGUUUCCAACUCUAAUUUUUUUAAAAAUCAAUUCAAGUCAAAUAGCACUCGUAGAUUAUCGGUUGUUGACGGAUUAAUUGAUAGUGAAGGCUCAAUAAUAAAUCUUAAUGGCAGCAGCCCUAAAGAAAAAUCAUUCACGUAGACGACUUGCUGCGCUAACAUUUUUAUCCAAUAUAUCACUCGAUGGAAGUCAUCGAGACACUAAUUUGUCACUGUUACCUCACAAUGGUGUUAUACACAGGCGUUUACACAGUGAUGUGCAGAGAAAUUGUGUAACGCAGUGCGAGGCUGACACAUCUGCCGAGGAAACUGUUGAUGGUUUGCCAGAUAUUUUACAUAUUAGGGAAGAGACGCCUGAGAUUGUGCAGAAAAUCGUUGAACAUUACUCGUUCAGCUCAGAUUCUGAUGGCAUAUCGACCAGUGGGAGAGCUAAUGUAUCAGCACUUGUGGAUAAUGAGAGGAUUCAACCCGUUCUGGCGAGCAUUCACGGAUCGUUCAGGGAAAGGGCUGGAACAGCUGGAAGUGACUACUCCCUUCCAGAGAGACGUGUGGGUUCUCUCCACUACAAACGACGCAUUGUCCACCAGACGUCAACCCUCUCCGAGGACAUAAAACACCACUACAACAGCAGCAGCGAGAGCAUAGGCUCACUGCGUUCUAAAUCCCAUUCUAAAUCGAAAGUCAAAGGUUUGAACAACAUUCAGCCACUAUGUGGGAAUGCUGUUAUCAUUCCUGAAGUCACGAGGGAGUUGCGUAUGAUGCAACGACCGAUAAAUGGUCAGCGUUUUGGUGAUGACAGACUCGUCCUGGUGUCCUCCAAACGCGUGCCCUUCCUCAUUUUCUCCGCAUUACCUUACAACAAGAAUCAACGGACCAGUUGCUUAAGUGCUUCGUGUAGUACGACUGGAUUCAUAAACAACACGGUUUCUAAUCGUAUUCUACGCAGGUCUGACGUACGCAGGGACACUGGACGUCGACGAAAUACCUCAGGACCACGUCCCCUAUCCGCGAUAAACGAUAAUCUCGAUCCAUUUGGUCUUCUUGGUAUUGAACAUGCAAAAGACGGUCAGGAGAUAUCAUACGGUCAAUUAUUGGUGCCUUCCAGGCAGUUUCAGCGUGACAAGAGGCUGCACAUCAGCGACAGCGAGGCCAUCGAGCUGUCCCACGUCAUGACGAAUAAACAUCACUUGGUAUCCAGGACAAAAACAAUAACGUGGAAUCUGGAUCACACAAAGUGGUGUCUCUCUUAUGACACUGCGACUCACAGGCCGGCUCAUGUACCUCCGGAUUCUCCGCCUUUAUCACUGGUCAAUGAGUCGAAAGUUAUCGAGUGGGAUGAGCAGAGUCUACAGUAUAAUCCAAAUUUGCUGGACGAUCCUGAAUUAAUUGCUGGGAAACAUCGGACUCUGUUGACAUUUACUUCAUACAUGGCAUCCGUUAUUGAUUACGUGCGACCUUCAGACUUGAAGAAGGAGUUGAAUGACAAGUUUAAAGAGAAAUUCCCACACAUUCAGCUGACGCUCAGCAAAUUGCGAAGUAUAAAAAGAGAAAUGCGAAAAAUAGCAAAGAUGGAAUACGGCAUUGACAUUCUUACAGUAGCAAUGGCAUACGUUUACUUUGAAAAACUGAUACUGCUAAAUGUCGUAACAAAGCAAACCCGUAAACUCUGCGCCGGUGCUUGUUUACUCCUGGCUGCCAAGCUCAAUGACGUCAAAGGAGAUGUACUUAAAUCGCUUAUUGAGAGAACAGAAAGUGUUUUCCGUCUAAAUCGCAAGGACCUAAUCACCUCAGAAUUCGCAGUGCUUGUUGCCCUUGAAUUUGGUCUCCACUUACCCACAUGGGAGAUAUUCCCCCACUACCAGCGUCUCAUCUACGAGUCUUGACCCAUCAUCGGCAUGACGUACUUAUUAAAUUGCAGGAAAUUUUCCUUUUAAUGUUAAUCAACGAUAAAAGAUAUCGCCCCGGCCCAAUGUACCUUAAGAAACAUCAAAAUACCUUCGAAUAACAUUAUUUUCCCCGAUAAGUAAUACCUAAGAUAUCCCAAUUCGAGUAUUUUCUCAGUAAGAAAUAUUUGGAUAUCAAAGACUAACAUUUAGUGACUUCUUAAACUUUUCAGAGUUUUAUAAAGCCAUUUUAUCUGUGCUAUAAUUAUCAUUGAACCGAGAGGAUGAGUCAUGUAGGUCAAGAUAAAACUAGACUUUAAUCACUUUCAUAAACAAGAUGAAGAGAACACAUUGUUUUUCUACUUGACUAUGAUUAUCUGUUUUUUACUUUUUGUGAAUAUUCGCUCAAUUGUGGUUUUAUCGAUUAACUUUCACUGUUGAUUUUUUAUUCAAUAUUUUUGUCACGUAACUCAUCAGAUAUUCUUUCCAUUUUCAAUCAUGAGAAUUGAUUUUUUACGAAAUCUUUAUUGAUAAUUGAUUAUCAGAUCGUUUCUCAUUCCAAUAAAAUUCAACAAUGAAUUAAGAUUAUAUUACUUUCAAAGGCUCAUGGUACUUGUUUUUUUUUUAAUAUUACGUCGUAGUCUAAGUCGAUCCAUAAAGGCAUAUAUUUUUUGUAUAUACACUGUUGCCAGAUGUACAUUAAUCCCCUAAGGGGUAAAGGAGCAUGUGAAAUGAGGGUAUGGUGUUAUGUGUGAUCAUAAAUAUGAUAUAUUACUUUUAA